UAGUGAUAAAAUCCCAAUGGAAAAAGUUAGUGGCGGCUGUGGAGUGGUUGGAGCUUUAACCAGUUUUACCAGUUCGGAGUUGAGACCGCUGUUCGUAUGUCGAUGGCUAAGAAACCUGUCAAAUACUCGGUGGUGGACGCGUUUACUGAGUCAGCGUUCAAGGGGAACCCUGCAGCUGUGUGUUUCUUAGAGGAAGAUAGGGACCAUCACUGGUUGCAAUCUGUUGCCGCCGAGUUCAAUAUCUCCGAAACCUGUUACUUAACUCGCAUUGCUGAGUCUGAUGACAACCUUAACUCGCUCCAUGGAAACUCUAAUCCCCGUUUUCAUCUCAGAUGGUUUACUCCUGUUACUGAGGUGAAACUUUGUGGCCAUGCCACAUUAGCUGCUGCACACACUCUAUUUUCAUCUGAUUUGAUGGAUGCCAAUAUUAUUGAGUUUGUGACACUAUCUGGAGUAUUAACUGCCAAAAAAAUCCCGGCUAUCAAUAUCACUGGUGCCUCAAACUUGCAAAAUGGUAAAGAUGAGGAUGGAUUUUAUAUUGAAUUGGAUUUUCCUGCUGACCCUAUUACAGAGGUCAACUUUGAUGAGACUUCACUAAUUUCUGGGGCAUUGAACGGUGCUUCCAUAAUUGAUAUAAAGAAGUCACAAAUUGGAGAUGACUUACUUGUUGAAGUCACAUCCGGAAAAAAUGUAACAGAAGUACAGCCACAAUUUGAUGCAAUAGUUAAAUGUCCUGCAAGGGGGAUAAUUGUUUCAGGGAUUGCUCCUCCAGGAUCGGGAUUUGACUUCUACAGUCGAUUCUUCUCCCCGAAAAAUGGAAUCAAUGAGGAUCCUGUUACUGGGAGCGCACAUUGUGCCUUAGCAACCUACUGGAACAAGAAGCUGGGGAAGUGUGAUUUCAAUGCUUAUCAGGCAUCGCCAAGAGGGGGAGUUCUGAAUAUUCAUCUUGAUGAGAGGAACCAAAGAGUGCUUUUGCGUGGGAAGGCUGUUACGGUGAUGGAAGGGUGUCUUCUGGUCUAGUCAUGUUCCUACCGUUGCAGAGAUGUUACACCAAUAUAUGUAUCAUAUGACAAGAGUUGUAAUUGGAGUGCUGAGAUAUUAUGAUACUUUAUCACAUAAAAUAACUUCUCAGCUUUCUGUAUUUGAUAUGCACAAACCUGGGUGUGGUGUAUAAUAGUCACAUCUGUUGAGUUGAAUAAAUUGGU